AUGGGAAGUUUCAGCACCAGUUUGGGGGUAAGCUUCAUUUUAAUGGGCUUCUCAGAUUGGCCUCAACUGGAGCCAAUUUUUGCCUUUAUUUCAAUUUCCUACUCCCUAACUCUCACCACCACCAUCAGUCUCUCCCUCCUGGAACCUCAGUUGCGCAUGCCCGUGUAUUUCUUUCUCUGCCACCUCUCCUUCCUUGACCUCUGCUAUACCAACAGCACUGUGCCCCAGCUUCUGGUCAACCUUCAUGGACCUGACCGGACCAUCACCUAUAGAGGGUGUGUGGCCCAGCUCUCCAUCUGCCCUGUUCUGGGAGCCCCUGAGUGUGUGCUCCUUGUGGUGAUGGCCUUGGACCGCUGGGCUGCUGUCUGUCAUCCUCUCCACUACGCAGCCAUCAUGCACCCUCUCCUCUGCAAGACCCUGGCUAUUUACUAGCUUGGGAGCUUCAUGAACCCUCUGAUUCAGACAGGCCUCCUGACGGUCAUGCCUCUCUGUGGCCUCCAGCUCCUGAACCACUUCUUCUGUGAGUUGCCUGUACUUCUGAAGCUGGCCUGUGGGGACACAAAAGGGGCAGAAUCCAAGAUGUUUGUGGCUCGAGCCAUAGUGUUGGUUGUUCCAGCAGCGCGAACUCUGGGCUCUUAUGUGUACAUUGUUCAGGUGGUGCUGAGGGAAUCAAUGACUGGGAGAAGAAAGGCUUUCAGAACUUGUGGCUCCCACCACCUGGUGGUUUCCCUUUUUUAUGGCUCAGCCAUCCAUACAUACCUCCAACCCAUGCACAGUUAUUCUGAGAGUGAGGGGAAAUUUGUUGCCCUUUUUUAUACCAUAAUUACUCCCAUGUUCAAUCCUCUGAUUUAUACCCUAAGGAACAAGGAUGUGAAGAGGGCUCUGAGGAAGGUACUAAGAAGAGGCAGAUACUCAGGGUAGGACAGGAAAGGAGGACCAAUGCAAUUGUCUGUCAUGGGGCCCAUCCUCUUCCUUGGAGGGGAGUUGGUCAAUGGGAAAUAGUCCUCCAUAGG